AUGGAGUCUGUUGCUGGGCUCCUCUCCUGGGGUAAUUUGGUUGGGAUAGUUUUCGUCUACUACUUGACUCUCGGGUUCUAUCGUCUAUUUCUCCAUCCCCUUGCUCGGUUUCCUGGUCCCAAGCUGGCAGCUGUCUCACGUUGGUAUGAGGGCUACUACGACCUCAUCAAGGUUGGGCAAUACACCCGCAAAAUCAAGGAGUUGCACAAGCAAUACGGCCCAAUCAUCCGUAUCAGCCCCUACGAGCUCCAUGUCAGUGACCCGGCCUUUUUCGAAGUCCUCUACCGCAUGGACGGCCGUUGGGACAAGUCGGACCAUGACGCCCACAAGGCGCACCGUAGUGCUAUAGCGCCCCUGUUCUCAAAAGCCAAGAUUGAUGCUCGACAGGAUAUAGUUCUCAAGAACGUGGAUAAGUUCUGCGAGCGCAUCGCUGGCUUUGCCGGAACCACUGUUAACCUAGGAGCAGCCACGGGGGCCUUGGCCCGGGACAUCGCGAAUGAAUUCAUCUUGGGCAAGAAGUACAACGACCUUGACGCGGAUGAUUUUAAUUACGCCUUGUCGGUUGCGUCGUUGGGCACGGGAAAGUUCUGGCGCACGAACAAGUUUAUACGCUGGUACGGUCCGGCGCUUAGGGCGAUGCCCGUGGACUGGGUUAACAAGACGGCCGACCAAGGCACGAAGUCGUUCGUCCGCUUUCUCAAGGCAAGUUACUCUGACAGUAGCCCAAACCAAAAAGCACCCGUGAGCGGCGCAGGCUUACGAAACCACCGCCAACGCCCUCCGCCUGAUCUUCUUCCAACCGUCUUCACCAACCCCACCCAUCCUCCACCGGACUACGACAAGGAGCUCGACUCCGGCCGCCACCACCACCACCACCACACACCACCCCCAAAACCCUCCCCCUCAAAACCCUCCUCCGAACUCCCCUACCUCACCGCCGUCCUCACCGAAGGCCUGCGCCUCAGCCCGGCCGUCGCGACGCGCGCGGCCCGCAUCUCCGACAAGGACCUCUUCUACAACGCCUGGCGCAUCCCCGCCGGCACCCCCGUCGGCAUGACGACGCUGCUGAUGCAUACGGAUGAAGCGCUGUACCCGGACCCGAUGCGGUUCGAUCCGGGGCGGUGGAUGCCCGCGGCAGAGGAUGGGGGGGGUGGCCUGGGUGGAAGGGGGAGGGUGGGGGGGAGGAGGUGGUUCGCGCCGUUUUCGAGGGGGACGAGGGGGUGUUUGGGGAUGCAGUGA